UGUCCUGGACCUAGAGAGGCCCCUGGACUCGCCACUGUCCCAGCUCUACGCUCCCCGUCCCGCCUUCCCCGCCGCCCGCCCCACUGGCCAGUCCCCACGCCCACACGCCCGAGGCUGCCUCAUCUGGCACUGAUUAUCCCUGCCGCUGCCGCUGCCGCUGCUCAACUCAGCUGCUGCCUCUGUCUUGAGGACCCCAGCGCCUCUCCCCCCCGACCAUGCUGCCUGCUGCCACCACCUCCCUCUUGGGGCCCCUCCUCACUGCCUGGGCUCUGCUGCCUUUUGCCCAGGGCCAGACCCCCAACUACACCAGACCUGUGUUCCUGUGUGGAGGGGAUGUGACCGGGGAAUCGGGUUACCUGGCAAGUGAGGGUUUCCCUAACCUCUACCCCCCCAAUAAGGAGUGCAUCUGGACAAUAACGGUCCCUCAGAGCCAGACUGUGUCCCUCUCCUUCCGAGUCUUUGACCUGGAGCUGCACCCCUCCUGCCGGUACGAUGCUCUGGAGGUCUUUGCCGGGUCUGGAACCUCGGGUCAGCGGCUCGGACGCUUCUGCGGAACCUUCCGGCCGGCGCCCUUAGUCGCCCCUGGCAACCAGGUGACCCUGAGGAUGACAUCGGACGAGGGCACGGGAGGACGAGGCUUCCUGCUCUGGUACAGCGGGCGGGCCACCUCCGGCACUGAGCACCAAUUUUGCGGGGGGCGGCUGGAGAAGGCCCAGGGAACCCUGACCACGCCCAACUGGCCCGAGUCCGAUUACCCCCCGGGCAUCAGCUGUUCCUGGCACAUCAUCGCGCCCCCGGACCAGGUGAUCUCACUGACCUUCGGGAAGUUUGAUCUGGAGCCCGACUCCUACUGCCGCUACGACUCGGUCAGCGUGUUCAACGGAGCCGUGAGCGACGACGCCAAACGACUGGGGAAGUUCUGCGGCGACAAGGCCCCAGGCCCCAUCUCCUCCGAAGGGAACGAGCUCCUCGUCCAAUUCGUCUCGGACCUCAGCGUCACGGCCGACGGCUUCUCGGCCUCCUACAGGACCCUGCCGCGGGGCGCCACCGAGAAAGCGCCAGCCCAGAGCCCGGGGGAGGACGCCCGGCCAAGUCCCCCGCUCCUCGGCCCAGGCCCCAAGCCCGGAGCCGGGCCCAAAGUCAAGCCUGAACUCCCACCUGAGGAGAAACCGAAGGCCGCGCCCAAGGCGGAGGCAACUCCGGCGGGCUCCGAUGGACCCAGUGUCCCCUGCCCAAAGCAGUGCCGAAGGACAGGCACGUUGCAGAGCAACUUCUGUAACAGCAACCUGGUGGUGACGGCAACAGUGAAGUCCAUGGUUCGGGGCCCUGGGGAGGGCCUCACAGUCACCGUCAGUCUCAUUGGUGUUUACAAAACCGGAGGCCUGGACCUGCCCUCUCCACCCACUGACACUUCCCUGAAGUUUUAUGCACCCUGCAAGCAGUGUCCCCCCAUGAAGAAAGGAACCAGUUAUCUGAUGAUGGGCCAGGUGGACGAGAACAGAGGUCCCAUCCUUCCUCCAGAGAGCUUCGUGGUUCUCUACCGGCCCAACCAGGACCAGAUCCUCACCAACCUCGCCAAGAGGAGGUGUCCUUCCCAGCCUGUUCAGGCUGCUGAGUCCCAGGCCUGAGCCCUAGGCACCCCUUUCUUAUCCAAAUAAAUGUUUCUUGACUGAAGAAGGA